AAAAGGCCCAGCGGAGCUUCCAGGAGCUUUUCUUCCUGCCUCAUCUGUUGCAAAGCUGCGGGUAGAGGUGGCCGACCGUGUGCAUCCUGCCUUCCUGCCGAAACAGAAGAAACUUUGUGUGACUUUUGCACGCUAUCGGCAGGGAGAAGCGAAUGGGAGAAUCCAGGGAUCGGACAGCCGGCGCGCUGGAGCCGCUUCCUCGUGCGUAAAAGAAUUUCCGACCCACCGGAGUAUGAGCGGACCUCCCCAGUGUGCGCAACCAGAUUCAGAGAAGUGGACGUUUUGAUGACAUCUUUUCGGCGAUUGUUGAAGGUUGCAGACAAAAAAAAAUAAUAACGAAACCAAAACUUUAUAUUGAGGAGGAUUUUGGAGACCGCCGACAUGAGACCGUUUAUCCUCUGCGUUCUUCUGCUGAUUAAAGUGACUCCUGGAGAGGCCUGUGCCAGUGGCCAGCUCACUGAAUCGGGCCAGUGUUGCAGUCUGUGUCCCGCUGGCUUCGAAAUGAAGGUGGAUUGUGGGAAAGAGGACACUAAGUGCACACAAUGCCCAAAGGGAACGUUUUCCUCAUCCGAAGGUCUCGGCCCUUGCCUCCCGUGUGCUAAGUGCCCACGCAGUGUUCCCACGGUGGCCUCUUGCUCUGCCACGCAAGACACACAAUGUGAAUGUGACGACGGCUAUUUCUUUUUGGGCAGGCACGCCCUGUGUCUGCCGUGCUCCAAAUGCACACCCGGUGAGGGUGUUACUCGGGAGUGUGGUCCACACGGAGACACGCGCUGCGAGGUCUGUGGUCCGGGAACGUUUUCUGAGGAGCGUUUCAGCACCAAACCCUGCCAGGCCUGCACCCAGUGCUCUGAUAGCGAGGUGGAAAUCCGACACUGCAUGCCCAACGCUGACGCACUGUGCAUGGAUAGGAAGCUGCACAUUCUGUCUCCAACUCUGGGUGGGUCUGAUGCUCCUCGCCUGCCAGGUGUUGGGGAAGGGGAGACCAGCUCUGUCCCCGGAACGCCCAGGUUUACACCGCCGGAUGACGGGGGCAGCAACCACAUUCUGGCCUACGUGUCUGUUCUGGCUGCCGUGGUGCUGGGUCUGAUUUUCUAUGUGGCUUAUAAAUGCUGGAGAUCGUGUCAACAGAAGAGGGCUCUUUCUAAGGCCCGUGCAGCUGAGCUGGGGGCGUCUCCGGAAGGGGAAAAGCUCCAAAGUGACAGUGGUGUAUUUCUGGACUCUCAGAGCCUACAGGAGAACCAGCCCAGCAAAGGUACGAAGAGGGACAGCAAACAGGACAACCGUUUGUACAUCAACCUGCCCCCCCACAGACAGGAGGAGGUGGAGCGCCUCCUGCAGGAGGGAGGGGGCCGGGGGUGGAGGCAGCUGGGCGCUGCGCUGGGCUAUGAGCCCGAGCAGCUGGACCUGUUUGGGCGUGGAGAAGCUCCUGCUCACACACUCCUCUCCAACUGGGCCCCGAAAGAAGGUUCCACUCUGGGCCUGCUGUGGUCUGCACUGGCCCGCAUUGAGAGGCCGGACGUGGUGACGGCUAUUAACUGCCCCACGCAGGGUGUUUCUUUGGUCUGAAGAAUGAAACCAACGCAUGACACCAACAGACUGAAGUGGAGAACUUCCAUGGCAAUGAAAAGAAUGGAACUGCGAACACUAUUAACAACCACAGUCGGACGGUCCCACCAAUGGACUACGGUGGCUUUGUUGGACACUUGUGAUUCAGUUUUUACUGAGAGAACAAAACAUAUUCUUGUCCUUUCUCUGCCCCAGUUUAUGUCUCCAUUUGAUUUUACGAUAAGUUCAACUGCAUGAACGAAUCUCCUGCAAUGUGUGUGUGUUAUGGCUAAUGAGCAGAUCACCGUCUUAGCAGUGGCAAUGACCACUGCUGAUGUUGGUUUUGGUUCUUCUUUUCUGCUCAAGUCACUACUUUACACCGAGGAUUUAUAUUCUGCACCAGGGACGUUUCAAAUAUCGUUAGAAGACACAAAAAUAUAUUAAAACCCUCUUCUCUUUCUCUUCCCAAAUAUCAUCUUUGAUUGUAAAUAUCUUAAAUACUGAUUGUUUAAAAAGUAAUGAGUACGAUAACUGAAUGAAAGGAAUAGACUAUUCUCCUUGCAUUCAUAUUACACAGCUCCAUUUUUAUCACCUUUUCAUAAUAGACACGAAAUCCAAAGACACUGCAAACAUCAAUGCUUGUGGCCUGAGUCAUCUUGCCUUUGUAUUUAUUUCAACACCCUUAGAAUAAAACUAUUUCUAUGAGGAC